AUGAAGUAUCCCUACGCUGUCUGUUUGGUCUUUCUCCUACUGUUUGCAUAUUUUGCUCCGGUCCCAGCUACAAGGGAAUUGAAUCUGAGUGCCCACACGCGCAGUUCAACUCGCGUUGUCGACAGCGUCACUACCAAGAGGCUUCUAAGGGCCCACAUUAGUGGCAAGGAAGAAGGCACAGAACAAGAAGAACAAAGGGGUAUUUCGAUAAAUGUUCCAAGCUUGGAGAAAAUCUCAAAAAUAUUUACGUCAUCCAAAACUACGGAGCUGAAAGGAAAGCUUAUGGCCGACGAGGCACUUGAUAGUGCUUUCGAAACGCUAAAACUCAGUAAUAUGCGGAUUAGUAGUCAUGACUUUGUCGAGACCAAGAUGGUGGCCAAGUUGUUGUCAAGCCGAAACUUCAAGGUUUGGUCCCAGCACGCCGUCAAGAUCAACAAGGAGGACCCCUAUGGCGCGAUGCUAACAACACUCACAAAUGUCUUUGGUGAGAAAAAUGUGGCAAUAAUGAUCCUAGUCGGGAAACUGUCCAGAAAUUCGCGCGACGUCGCAAAGAAGUUGGAAAAGGCGCAGUUCUACAAGUGGUAUGUCGUCGAUAAGUACAAGACAGCAGAUGAGGUUUUCACGAACGUGCUCAACGCUGAUCGUAACACAAUUCAUGGGUAUGCUCGGGAGAAAGCAAUUUGGGGAGAUUAUUUCAAAUACAUCAUGGAUACAGUGAUGAAGUAUUGA